AUGUCGGACUCGACCGCGCCCUCGGCGCACCGUCCUCGAGGGUCCGAGGAUUUUGGUGUCUUUGAUGAUGCCAAGACCUAUUAUGCCUCCGACGAACGACACACUGGCCGAUUUGCGAACCGCACCCGCACAUACUCCCAGAGCAGCUUGAUCAAGCAAAUCGAGCGAAUGAACGUCCCAGAACCUUUUCGUCGCGGAAGCCACGAUGAGAGCAACCUGGAGCAAGGCCGCCGCUUCCUCAUCCAAGUCGAUGCCACGCUCGAGAGCUUAAAAGCCCAAGAAGAUACCGAUGGAAACAUGCAAAUCACCAUCGAGGACCACGGUCCCAAAGUACUUCCCCUAAGAACUGCCGCCUCCGCUGGCUAUCACCGCUACGAAGUCCGUGGCACGUAUAUGCUGUCCAACCUUCUUCAGGAGUUGACUCUGGCCAAAGAAUACGGCCGCAAGCAAAUCAUCCUCGACGAAGCUCGACUCAAUGAAAACCCUGUCAAUCGACUUUCUCGUCUCAUCAAAGAUCAUUUCUGGGAUGGCUUGACUCGACGCAUCGAUGCAUCCAGCAUUGAAAUUGCUGCUCGCGACCCUAAAGAUUGGACCGACGACCCCCGGCCCCGCAUUUAUGUGCCAUUCAAAUGCACCGCACAAUACGACUACUACAAGCAGGUCGCAGUUGACCGCCCAGAGAUUCGACUAGAUGUGCAAUUACUCCCCGAGAUUAUCACCCCGGAGAUUAUUCGUGACAUGAAUGAGAAACCUGGCCUUCUUGCCGUUGCCGUUGAAGAGAUUGAGGAGCAAGACCCUGUCAAGGGCACUAUCAAAACUCUCCGCGGUCUCCCUUUUGUUGUGCCUGGUGGCAGAUUCAACGAAUUAUACGGAUGGGAUAGCUACAUGGAGUCUCUUGGACUGUUGGUUAACGACCGUGUUGACCUAGCCAAGGCAAUGGUGCUGAACUUUUGCUUUUGCAUCGAGCACUAUGGAAAGAUUCUCAACGCUACGCGGUCAUACUAUCUUGGCCGCUCCCAGCCGCCUUUCCUGACGGACAUGGCUCUGCGGGUCUACGAGAAGAUCAAGCAUGAGCCCGAUUCACUCGAGUUUCUGCGUCGCUCAAUCCUCGCAGCCAUCAAAGAGUACCACAGUGUAUGGACCGGACAGGCUCGUCUGGACCCUACGACCGGCUUAUCGAGAUACUGCCCGGAAGGUCUUGGAGUUCCUCCCGAGACCGAACCUAGUCACUUUGUCCACAUUCUUGAGCCCUACGUCGAGAAGCAUGGCAUGAAGUUCGAUGAGUUCGUUCGGGCAUACAACUACGGCGAGAUUAAAGAGCCUGAGCUGGACCAGUAUUUUAUGCACGACCGUGCAGUGCGAGAGUCUGGCCAUGAUACCAGCUACCGUUUUGAAGGAGUUUGCGCCAAUCUGGCAACGAUUGAUCUCAACUCGCUACUAUUCAAGUAUGAGACUGAUAUUUCUCGUACCAUCCGCAGCCUGUUUGGUGACAAACUCAUCAUGCCGGAAGAAUUUUGCCAGGGCACGCCCUACAAGCCUGGCGACAUUCUCACGUCUGCCAUGUGGGACCGCAAAGCCAAGAGACGCAAGCUCACCAUGGACAAGCUGAUGUGGAAUGAGGAAGAAGGCAUGUUUUUUGACUACGAUUUUGUCAAUAAGAAGCGCUGCACGUAUGAAACCGCCACGACGCUGUGGGCGCUGUGGGCCGGUGUUGCAUCGCCGAAACAAGCGGCAGAUAUCGUGAAGAAGGGUCUUCCCAAGUUUGAAGAGUUCGGCGGUCUACUUGCCGGUACUGAAAGUUCACGCGGUAAAGUUGGCCUGGAGCGACCCAACCGACAGUGGGACUACCCGUACGGCUGGGCACCACAGCAGAUGCUGGCGUGGACGGGCCUGCUACGUUAUAGCUUCAACGAAGAAGCUGAGCGUUUGGCAUACAAGUGGCUGUUUAUGAUUACCAAAGCAUUUGUCGAUUUCAACGGUGUCGUUGUAGAGAAGUACGACGUGACGCGGCCCAUCGACCCUCAUCGUGUGGAUGCCGAGUACGGCAACCAGGGUCUGAACUUCAAGGGCGUCGCCAAGGAAGGAUUUGGCUGGGUCAAUGCCAGUUAUGUUUAUGGGCUGCAGAUUGUGAAUGCGCACAUGCGCCGUGCGCUGGGGACGUUGACGCCGUACCCGACGUUUAUCAAGGCAAUUGAGCAAUUGAAUGAGAAGGCUCUUGCCGAUCUUGAGUAG